GUGCCACCUUCACCCACACUGUGCUGGAUCCCUCUGUUGUGUCAGUCCUCCCUAUUGUCUCCUGAGAGCGUCUAGCAAUGGCCCCUAAGAAGAAGGAAGAGCCGAAACCUGCAGCAGCACCCCCCAAACCCCCAGAGCCAGAGCGCCCCAAGACCCCGGAGUUUGACCCCACAACAAUAACGCUGGAAUUCACCCCAGAGCAAAUUGAGGACUUUAAAGAUGCUUUCCAGCUGUUUGACAGGACACCAGCCAACGAAAUGAAAAUCACUUACGCCCAGUGUGGGGACUUGAUUAGGGCUUUGGGUCAGAAUCCUACCCAGGCAGAGAUCAUGCAUGUCCUUGGAAAGCCCAAGGCUGAAGACAUGCAGACCAAGAUGCUUGACUUUGACCAGUUUCUGCCCAUACACCAACACAUUUGCAAGGCCAAGGACUGUGGAACAUUUGAGGACUUUGUGGAGGGUCUAAGGGUAUUUGACAAAGAGGGGAACGGCACAGUAAUGGGAGCUGAGCUCAGGCACGUUCUGGCAACACUGGGUGAGAAGUUGAGGGAGGACGAGGUGGAGCAGCUAAUGCAAAACCAAGAAGAUGCCAAUGGAUGCAUAAAUUAUGAAGCUUUUGUAAAACACAUUAUGGCAUCAUAAAAAGGGUACCUCAUUGUCAUUCUGGUGCUACAUCGCUCUGCAUCAUGAAAUCAAUAUGAGUGAGUAAUGAGUUUGUUUCUCCUUCGCUACAAAACCAAGACCCUGAAUUCUUGACCAGAAAAGAUCUUUAUGUUUCUGUAAAUCCCAUCUUGUAUAUUUCUCAUUUCCAUGCAUCUCAAAUGGAUCUAUAACUGAUCGUUAUUUCACCUUGUUCAUAUUGUAGGUCAUGGUAAAUAAAUAAAUUCAUUUUGA